AGAAGACCCGUAGAAGAUAUAACUUCGUCAGUUGCAUAUCAAAAGCCUUAAGACUUUGUUAAUCAUGUAGAAGUAUUCUUCCAUGAUACAUAUAUGACAUAAUUAAUUGUACAUAAUGCUGGCAUAAUUUUCAAUGAUGCAUGGUAUAAUCACUUAAUAUGCCAUUUGAUUUAUUUGGUUCCAAAUUUAACUAAAUACAACAAAAAAUUACUUGGUGCCCAUACUUAUGGAACUUGGAACAUGUGAAUUUCUCGUGCAUCCAUAAUUUGAGAUCAAAUCAUGGUCCUAGGCAACAAUAUCAUCUAUAAUUUUUUGUUUUUGUUUUGUUGGGUACUCUUAAUGUACGUGGACAAAGCACACAUCAUUAUAUGUUAUACCUACAAUUAUUUUAUAAUUAUUUUACAAUUUUUGAGAUGUGUAAGCAUAUGAUUGGAGGAGGGUGUUAUUUUAUUUUUUAUUUUUUUAUUUUUUGUAGUUGCUGUACUUUUAAUAUUCUUGGAGAUCUUUUUGUUCCUAAUACACAGCCUGUUAUUGGUCAGCGCACGCAACUAUGUUAAUGUUACAGGUAAUACUGCAAUUCUUUUCAAACAGAACAUUCGGGAGCCACGGACACCAAAAAUAUAGGAAACUUCCCACUUCCACCGCCAAAUCCUGAGGCUGAGUGCAUCACAUUUCACGUGUCAGCGCGCGUCAUUGUUGACUCAUUCUUUUCCAUUUACGUACGCACGAACGCCCUUUCUAUAUUUUCGGACUUUGCAUUAAAACCUUCCUCCCACAAAACCGUGGCUUGGCAUAUAGAGAGCUAGGCCGGAUAGAUAGCUUGCAAGAUUGUUCCUUUUUGGAGAAGGGUUCCUUCUUUCUGGGUUGGUCUCUUCUCUCGUCUCUCGUGCGACUCGGCCAUGGCUUCCUCUUCCGUCAACAGAUGGUUAAAGCCUGAGGUGUAUCCACUCUUUGCAGCAGUUGGUGUAGCUGUUGGCAUUUGUGGCAUGCAACUUAUAAGGAAUAUCUGCACCAACCCUGAAGUGAGGGUUACCAAAGAGAACAGAAUCGCAGGAGUGCUUGAGAACUUUGAAGAGGGUGAGAAAUACGCAGAACAUGGCCUCAGGAAGUUUGUCCGCAACAGACCACCUCAGAUCAUGCCAUCCAUCAACAAGUUCUUCUCUGAUCCAAACUGAAUCGAAUGCUUAGAUUUCCCCGCCUUAUUAGAAAUUUGACUUUUGAAAAUGGCGUUUGUCUGUUUAACUGAUUGAAUGGGAGAAAAGGACAUAAGAUUUGUUUUCUAAAAGGAGACAUGAGACAAUUGUGUACGACAGGUUGCCUUGUUUUUGGUUCAUGAUUUUGACCAUUGAAUAAUAAUAAAGUCUAUAUUUGCACACUGAA